UUCCCCACAUGUUUAUUCAAAUCCAAAUUUCAAGUGGACCUAACCCGAGAUAUAGAGAAUUUGCGAAAUGAUAAUUUCCGUAGUACAAAAGCGUUUCCUCCACAUCACCACGCAUCAUCUCCAAAACAUCCAAAAGUAUAUUUACGCCAUGAACAGAGCCUACCUUCGUCACAAGCCAUCCACCGAGGGUGAUAAGUUCGACAUUAGUUUCCAGCUUGUGGAUCCCGAAUUCAAAGUCGAUCGAAACUUCAAUUUCACUCGCAGUUUGGAUGAAAACGUAUCUACUUUUCUAUCGAGAAUCACCACGAAUGUAGAAAAAGCAUAUGCGAAGAAAAACAAGCGGAAAAAGAAGUCCCCAGAUGCAGUUGAAGAUCAAACACCUGCUGUAUCAGUAUCACUCUAUUGCAAUUUGAUAAAAAUUAAUGAAGAAGUUCCUUGCAAUCAGGUUUUCAAAGAAAAGAACAGUGUGACAUUAAAACUCUUUGACAAAGAGUAUGAAGUGGUGAUUAAUGCACCUUUUAUUGAAAGUAUAACACUGCCUAGUUCAAUAUUACCCAACUUUCCUGUUUAUCCACUGAAGUUUGAAGCUUUGUAUUAUGAUGAGAAGUACUCAGUGUUUGCCUGGUAUAAGUCACAUGAUAAAAAGGAAUGGGAACAGAUUGGUACUGAGUAUAUUUGUACUCCUGGUGAUGAUGCAAUUGGAUGUUAUUUGAAAAUGGUGUGUAUACCAAGAAAUGAACAUCAUGAAGGACCAAAAAUUGAAGUCAUCUCUGAUGGAGUGGUUAGUCCUACUCCAGGGGUGUUUCCCUUUGAAAGGAGACAUGAAUUCACUAAAUCAAGGAGUAAAACCAAAGAAUUUCGAGUAGUAACUUACAAUAUCCUAGCUGAUUUAUACUGUGAUUCUGACCAUACAAGAACUGUUCUGUAUCCAUACUGCCCUCCACAUGCGCUAGCAAUCGAUUAUCGAAAACAAUUGUUUAUGAAGGAAAUUAUUGGGUAUAACAGUGAUAUUGUUUGUCUGCAAGAAGUUGAUAGGAAAAUCUUCAACUUUGAUUUGCAGCCUGUGAUGGAAAGACAAGGAUUCGGAGCUGAGUUUGCCAUUAAAGGUGGACAAGUCGCUGAAGGGCUUGCUUGUUUUUACAGGAAGGAUAAAUUUAAGUUAAUAUCAAGUGUAAAACUUCAUCUUGCUGAACAAUUACAGCAGUAUAUAAUAUUCAAAGACUUUCUGCAAGCGAUUUGUGCCAAUGAUAAGUUGAAACAGCGUUUUAAUGACCGGCAAACAGUCACGCAAGUUGUAACACUAGAAUGUCUUGAAACAAGAAAUCUAGUGAUUGUUGCCAAUACACAUUUGUAUUUCCAUCCAGAUGCGGAUCAUAUUAGAUUACUCCAAGGAGCUAUGAGUAUGAGAUUUGUUGAGGAUUAUUACAACAAAACCAAAUCACAUUUGGAAUAUAAAGAUAAAAAGAUAUCGAUUGUAUUCUGUGGAGAUUUUAAUUCAGUACCAGAUAAUGGAAUUUAUAAACUUUUUACUGAAGGCAGUGUUGGAGAAGAUUAUGCAGACUGGUCAAGCAAUAAAGAAGAACAAGUUAAAAAUCUUACCUUAUCGCAGCCAUUCAAAAUGGCCAGCGCUUGUGGCACGCCGCCGUAUACGAAUUACACCGUAGGUUUCGCUGAUUGCUUGGAUUAUAUAUUUUUUGAUACGAACACUGUGCAUGUAACGCAACACGUACCGAUGCCUACAAAUGACGAGUUGAUUUUUCACGCUGCGCUGCCAAGCGUCGUUUUUCCUUCGGACCACGUUUCUCUCUGCGCUGAUUUGAAAUGGAAUGAAUAACGACGCUAGAUGAAAUCAAGAUGGUGGAUUGGUGUUGCGGAAGUAACCAAAUUCUGACUUAACAGGUUGCCAACCUAAAAACUGGCUCAAUUGUUGGGUUAUGAAAGUUAUUAGAGUACAAAUUUGAUUUGUGUAGUUUUAUUUAAUAAAACUUGUUACCGUUUUAAUAAAAA